AUGAACAACCAUUAUAGUGCUGCAGAAAUGAAGGCAACCUAUUCUAUCAGCUAUCGUUUUUACGUUAACACUAAUAUCAAAUGUAUUACACAGAAUAUCAAAUGUAUUACACUGAAUAUCAAAUGUAAUACACUGAAUAUCAGAUGUAAUACACUGAAUAUCAGAUGUAAUACACUGAAUAUCACAUGCAAUACACUGAAUAUCAAAUGUAAUACACAGAAUAUCAAAUGUAAUACACAGAAUAUCAGAUGUAAUACACUGAAUAUCAGAUGUAAUACACUGAAUAUCAGAUGUAAUACACUGAAUAUCACAUGCAAUACACUGAAUAUCAAAUGUAAUACACAGAAUAUCAAAUGUAAUACACAGAAUAUCAGAUGUAAUACACUGAAUAUCAGAUGUAAUACACUGAAUAUCAGAUGUAAUACACUGAAUAUCAGAUGUAAUACACUGAAUAUCACAUGCAAUACACUGAAUAUCAAAUGUAAUACACAGAAUAUCAAAUGUAAUACACAGAAUAUCAGAUGUAAUACACUGAAUAUCAGAUGUAAUACACUGAAUAUCAGAUGUAAUACACUGAAUAUCAGAUGUAAUACACUGAAUAUCACAUGCAAUACACUGAAUAUCAACUGUAAUACACUGGAUAUCAAAUGUAAUACACAAAAUAGCAAUCGUGUAAUACACAGAAUAUCAAAUUUGUUAUUAUUCUAA